AUGAAGAGGGUUAAACGGAGGCAGGGCCGCAGUUCCGCUAAGAAGUUUGAGAAAUAUGAUAUCAAUGGGACACCAUUUGUCUCGCCUGAGAUUGAGCAGGUAUUUCCACCUCCUAAGGAAAGAUGCGGCGAAGAUGUGGAUGUUGGUACUAUUGGGCGCGAAAAUCCCUUUGCAAGAAGCAAAUCACAUCGGUGCACCUUCUUCAGGCCCAGCAAUGAAGACUUCGGGCAGCUGACUGACAUGGCUUUGUCUCCGAAAGAUUAUUACAAGAAAGUUCUUCAUGAAAUCUGCAACGAGUCCACGUCAGACACGACAAAAACGGUGACAAAGAAUGCCUGUGAAGGGUCCAUGGUGCAGACCUGUUCGGCGUUCGUGGAGCCGGCCAGCGUACACAAGCUAGACGAACAUGUGACGGUGGACCUGAUGGAUGACGUGCAGUGGCAGACCAUCGACAGCGUCAGCGACGCGGACUUGUUUCUGUCGAGAGUGUCGAGCCCAGCGCGGAUCGAGGUGGUGCUGAAAGAUAAAAAGCGUACUCCUACGGUUCCUAAUAGUAAUAUUCGUAUAUCGGAAACACCUCACGUAAAACGGAUCGCUGAGAAGUUCUCCAAGUUCAAAAAGAACAACGUUGAAGUCCGCAAGCUUGAAGAGAGGGUGGUUUGCCUGGAGUACGACAUCUUCGACUUGAACGCGGCUGACCCCGCGGUGCCGACGCAGAAAAUGAGGGCAUUUUUCUCCAUAAAAAUGAAAGAUUUAGGAGGAGACAACAAAGAAAACAUACCUUCCAUCCCAUCUGAUGUAAAACGCAACUUCAACUUGGACGACGGAGACCUACAGAAACUGAACAAGAAAGAAAUAGAAAUCAUAGACAACGAGAUACCCGAAAACAGGUCCUUCCUAGAGGACCUCAAGCGAGUGCUGAGACGGAAACGGGCACUCGAAAACAAAAAGAGACGCGAAACAUUGGACCUCAUGUGUCUGUACGAGAUGGCUAAACGAGAGAGCCCACCUGUCAACUGCGACUAUUCCAACACUAAUCUCUUAUCGAAAGCAGAACUGCAGGAAAUUAAAGAUUUGAUUCUAAAAAAAUGCGAAUCGAGCGUUUACGGGAUUAAUAGAAGAACGGUGAAAUGUAGAGAUGAAGUGAAUGAUGCGAAGUGUGUGCUGUCGAACAGUUUGGUAAACGAGUUGAUGCGUGAGGCUAAAGUGUGAAAAACAAGUGAAAGUUCAGUUUUACCAU